CAUCGAGCGAGCAAGACGUCGGUCGGCCGGUUCGAAAAAUUAACGAGGGUCGGGUUUGUCGGUCAACAACAACCUCGCGGGCACACGAAACGAAACUGCAUUUCUGCAUUUAAGGAAGGUCCUGCCGGCUAUUCUAGUGUGAGUGAGUGUGUAAUUAAUAAAAUCCCGAGGACGGGCGUGGUGCCUGCGUGAAACGAUACGUUCCUUGAAUUUCCGCGCUUCCGUAACGUGAAAUUUUGCUUGUGCGCGGUCUUUAGACCCAAGAUCAGUGGCAUCUAGUGCUCCAGUAACUGCAUCGAAUUUAAAAGUGCAUCUAGUACACAUUGUGUUACAAAACGUGUUCGAUGUGUUCAGUGUUGGAACGACGAAACAAACAAACGGAAUAUUCAGUGGUGAUCUGCUGCCCCCGCUAAGCAUCACGAAGAUCACGAGUAAGACGCGCUGUUCGCUGUGUAGUUGUGUAUCUCCGAUGUGUGUAUAUGUGUGUUUGAGCGUGUUUAUGUUUGCCGAUGCUGCUGCACACCACAAGCCGUGAGGAGAGUAAAGUGAGAGCAUAAGCCGAGCAUGAGACGUGAUGAGCAUCUCCUCAUCGUCCUCAUCAAUCCAUAGUGAGAACCCCGUUCAAGACGAAUUCCCCCGCCACGAAGCUGUAGUUGUGUGCAUCGCCUGCUGCAUCGCCAAAAGUGCAUCUUGAGUGAGAUUUACGGUCGUGCCUUCAAGCGCACCCUGGUGCACGUGUUGUGUAGUGCCUUUCGCGCGCCGUUUGCUUUUAUGCUGAGCUGAGCUUAUGCUUACCGAAGUGGAUUGCAAUCGGAGCUGCUCACGGAACCGGGGAAAACGGGCAGAAAAAAGGGUGCCGGAUAUCGAAUGACAUGCCUAUGGCCCGGUGCAUUGUGGAAUCUCUGAGCGAAAAGUUGCGGAUUUAAGCACUAAAAAAGGAAGGAGGGAGAGAAAGAGAACCCCUCGAGCUAAGCCUAAGUCGUCGUGAAGUCGGGAAGCGUGUAGACGCGCAAAGCAACGGAGUUGCCGUCGCCUACUGGUGGUGAUCCAGCACACUUUGCUCGGUUUCUGUGAGAAACAAUUCAGCCCCCAUUGCGCCGCCAUGUCGCCAGCGAGGAGGUUAAGGAGGCAGUCAGCAGUGAGCGUGUUUAGCGAUCGGAUCGACUAGCCGAUCAUCUUGCUCUGGUGCUGCUGCGAUCGUAAUUAAUGAUCGAACAUCGGUUGCUGACAGCUUUGUGACGGGUUUUGUAGAAGAAACCUUACAGUAACCUGCAACGGCUGCUGCUGUUGCUGCGGCUGCAAGAAAACAAGGAAGUGCUGUGCAACCGCAACAGAAGUAAAGGGAAAGAAGGGUCCUCUAUUGGGACAGCAUCAACGCAACUCGACUACCUAUUAAAACUAGAUCCCGCGGCCGAGAAGCAACACAAGUGCCCUGCCCUCACAAGAUAUAUACCUAUGCUCCAGAAGAAAGAGAUGGCACACAGAAACAGCAGUAGAAAAACACAGAUGGCAUCGAAGGCGAUGCACCUGACGACGACGACGGUGCACAGCAGCAUGAUGGCGUUGAUGUCACUGCUCCUGGCGCUACUCACCAUCGCUACCCAGUGCAUCGUGAACGUCGAAUGUUGGGUACCAGAUGUUCAGAGCAAGAUACGCAUCCCAUACGAUGCCACCGUUCCGUCGUUCUUCGGUAACAGUAGCGAUCACUUCAAGCUGCUCGAUCAGAACGAACACACGCUACUGAUCGGGGCACGAAAUGCGGUCUACAACAUUUCCAUCGAACAGUUGGUGGAGCUUGCGGGCCAGCGUAUCGUGUGGCCUUCAUCCGACGCUCACCGGGAACUGUGCAUCCUGAAAGGUAAACAGGAGCCGGACUGCCAAAACUACAUCCGAGUGUUUGCGCGCGUUGCUCCGAAUCGGUUGAUGGUUUGUGGAACGAACUCUUAUAAACCACUGUGCCGGUACUACAACGUACUGCCAAGCAAUGGGACGAUCGUGUACGAUAACAACGAACAGGAAGCGCAGGGACGCUGCCCUUACAAUCCGCAGCACAACAGCACCUACGUGUACACGAGCGAUGGUCAACUGUACUCGGCGACGGUGGCCGAUUUUUCCGGUGCGGACGCGCUGAUCUACAGGGAGACACAACGGACCGAGCACUACGAUAGCAAGCAGCUUAACCAGCCCGCGUUCGUGAGUGCGAUCGAGCACAACGGGUACGUGAUGUUUUUCUUCCGUGAGGUCGCGAUCGAGUACAUGAACUGUGGGAAGGCGAUCUAUUCGCGCGUGGCACGCGUUUGCAAGAACGACAAGGGAGGACCGUAUCCGUUCCAGGAUCGGUGGACUUCGUACCUGAAGGCGCGCCUCAACUGCUCGAUCCCGGGCGAGUAUCCGUUCUACUUUGAUGAGUUGCAGGCUACAACGAAAGCGAUCAAUGGAACGUACGGUGGUGACCGGAACCAGAUCAUCUACGCCAUCAUGACAACGCCAGAGAAUGCGAUCGGUGGUUCGGCCGUUUGUGCCUUCUCCGUCCAGGACAUUCUGGAAGCGUUCGAAGGCCCGUUCAAAGCACAGCGAGACAUUCACUCCAACUGGCUACAGGUGCCGCAGAGUGCCGUCCCGGAACCACGGCCCGGCAAAUGCGUCGACGAUAGCCGCACACUCCCGAAAGCGUCGGUGAACUUUGUAAAAUCAAACAACCUGAUGGACAGUGCCGUUCGCUCACUGCACAGUCGACCCGUUUUUACGCGCGUCAGCCUUUACUACCGUCUGUCGGCGAUUGCGGUCGAUCCGCAGGUGCUGGCCCUCGAUGGCCUCCGCUAUGAUGUGAUCUUCGUCGGCACGAACGAUGGCAAAGUGAUCAAAUUCGUCAACAUCCUGUCGGCGAACACAUCGGACGAUGUGCGGACGGUGGUGAUCAGUGAAACGCAAGCAUUCCCACCCGGCACCAAGAUCAGCGAGCUGACCAUUUCGAAGCGUAACUCGGCACUGAUUGUGAUUGGAGCGGGCAAGAUCGUUACGCUGCCGCUGCACACCUGCCACGAGCAUGGAUUCAAGACGUGCCGCAAGUGUUUGGAUCUGCAGGAUCCGUACUGUGUGUGGGAUGAUUCGAACCGGGAGUGUAAAACGAUCGAGGAGGUGCGUUCGUCGGGGGCACCGAUCGAUCAGUUCUAUCAGCGGUUGGAUGGAGAGCGCAUUGGUGAGAUUUGCCGGAAGUAUGACCACCAGGAGCACCAGGCGGUACAUCCGUACGAGGAUAAUGAUGUUUACACGCGUGUUGAUGGAUCGGGUGCGGUGGAGAAGCCGGACAAAUCGUACGAUCAGCGUAAUGUGUUGAUCGUGCACUCGAACCACGGUACGGUGGCGUCGGUUGGACCGGAGGAUAUUGAUAACGAGAUUUCGAUGUCGUCGAUCGAGGGUGACGAUCUGGCGAACCGGAUCAUCAACACGCACCAGUACCACAGCAAAACGGAUACGCUAGUGAACGAGCCGACCGUGCAAAUGGCGUCGCUGAAUUUGGUGGUUUACGUUCCGAUUGCCGUGAUCAUACUGCUCAUCGGGGUGGCGAUCGGUUACGCGCUGACCCGGCAUAGCAUCAUAAAAAAGUCACUGUCGGGGUGCGAGCACCGGAAUCAAUUGAGCUGGCACAACGGGAAGAGCAGCCUGAGUAUGCUGUCCCAGAACCGAACGAGUGGUAAAGAUGUGAACCUGCUGAUGAACACCUCGAACCAGUACCACACGCAGCAGCAAGCGAUCGUACAGCAGCUGCAGCAGCACCACCAGAACAACUGCAAGGACAACAUCGACUUCGAUUACAAGGAUCGGAGCGUUGAGUGCAAAAAUUCGACCGAAAACCUCGAGAAGGACAUCAGCAAGGGCAUGGGCACGCUGCAGAAGACGCGCCACUUGAAGACCUUUAAACCGUAGAAACGGCCGCGCGCUUGUGCCGCUCUUAGAGAACGCCAGGCUCGCCAGGUACAGGCAGCCAGCCUGCAAAGCAGACAAAAAGAGAGAGAGAGACAGGGGAAGAAGUGAAGAGAUAGAAUAGAGGGAACAGAAAGUGAGGCGUGCAUACUAGACGUGUCACUAAGUGUAUCUAAGAGCAACGAAUGAACGAACGAACGAACGAAUCGAAGCAAGAAGUACGAUCCAGUCGAAUCGCAACCGCGCUAUGCAACCUUGAGCUAUGCAACCGACACCGACCCGCCACCGUGAACAAACAUAAAAGUAAGAAAAGAACGAAAGUAAUGCACAGCGAGCAGUGAAGAGUGAAUGAUAAAAGGGGUGCGGCGAAGAUCGAGGCGCGUUUAUGACGAUAAUGAGACACGAGAGUGAGACUGUGUGCCUAGCACAAACCUUUCUUCUUGCAAACAAAAAAAACAGGUGGCCUCCACGAUCGAACAGAUCAGCGAUUGAAGGGAAGCGAUCGCCCUCCCGACACCACUGCCAUCGACAAAAGCUCCCAUCGCAUCCAACCGUAGUGUGUCUUAAGAAGAGGAAAGAUGGGAACACAGGUGCGCGCGCACCAAUCAUGAACAAAACAGCAGAGGCCUUAAGCAAACGAACGUUGGGGAGUUGGUUUUGAUUGUGUACCUUUUAUACUUCCCAAAAUCAGAACCAACCAACCGUCCCCCCUCUUUGUCGUCUACUCCAGCAAGUAGGUCGCUUUUAAUGUCGUAAACUUAUGAUGCGUUCCAAUACAACAACGCGAGCAGAGCUCGUGCUAGGUACUCUAGGUAGAGGUAAGCCAGGGAUAAGCAGAUAGGAAAUGUUAGCACGAUGAGGGAGGACGAAAAGGAAGAAACAGUGCAAGCGCAGUUUGGUAGGUUAAGGGGAAGCAAUCAUGGAAUCGAUCUUUGAUUUUUUUCAUUACAUUAAUGACAUCCAUAUGCGGAACAUCCAUAGCAGUAGUAGUGCAGCGAAGCGAAGAGCAAGCAGGUCCCUUGUACAUAUCUGACUCGUCAAUCGCAAAAGCAAUAAGCUAGGGCACGAAUGUAGCUAAAUAUUUUAAAACGAUUUUACUUUCAAAUACGCCAGGGCGCGUGCGUUAACAGCGAGAGAGAGAGAGAGAGAGAAACAGAGAGCCCAACAGUGACACGUGAUCGUCUCGCAGACGAUCCUCGAUUUAGGCUAAUAUGAGUUUACUCUGCAAGCAUUGUGCGAAAAGCGAUACGAUGAGCUUACAUACUAAGCAUGGAAUAGCCUUCCGUGCAAACACAUUCUGCUGUUUAAAUUAAAAAUCAGUUAAGGAAGUUCUACUGCUCCCUCAUAUUGCUCAAGAAUCUCAAAUCCAAGAAAAACACUCAAUACUCUCAAGACACUUUGUCCUUCCUCCGUCCUCCGGGGUUCGCGAAGGAGCGCAUCGCAUUAAUGUUUUAUAUUUUCGUUUUAUGUUCACUUAUCGUAAGUUUGUGUCCCACCAGAUUAUUGUUUCGUUUCGUUUUUAACAAAUAUUUUUUAUGCGUUAGAGCGUGCUGAGAUGCACCAGAAGGUCUCCUUUGUUUGUCCUGAUUGAUGUGCACACUGUGAGGCUCGGUGUUACAUCUUAGCAACCCGCGUUCGUUCAAACCACGGUCACGGAGCCCAUAAGCCCCAUUACAGCCAGCAGCCAGCAGCCACCGGGAGCCUGUUAAGGGAAGGACGUCGAAACGAAAUAUGCUUAAGUAAUCUACUCUCGAGCAUGAAAAACGCGUAAUGCAAGCACGGAGCACGCGCCAACAAUGUGAUAAAGUAUGAGUAUUUUAGUUAUUUUUCUCCAUUUUACUUGUUCGAGUAAGCGUCGCAGCUACUCGAAGCCAGCCGAAGUGUGCGAGAGAGAGAGAGAGAGAGAGAGAGAGAGAGAGAGAGAGAGAGAGAGAGAGAGAGACAGAGAGAAUGUGCGAGUGUGUAUUUUGUUGAACGUAUUAUUUUUUAAAAGCCUAAUUUAAUCUUGGGAGGACUCUCUUGAGACGUACUCCGGCGCGUACGCAGCGUUAAGUAGGAAGCAUUUUAUGUUGUCCAAUCCCUGUCGCUAGGUUUGCGGUUGCCUGGGCAACACUUGUGCUCUCAGAUCAAAUCCAGAGCGCAUUGCAGGGACACGAAAUUGUAUAUUUUCUACACUAUUUGAUUGUUAAAUUGCGACUCGAGAAUGGGUGGAGAGCGACGGUGAUCGGGAGGCACGUGCACGUGCGGCGAUCGAACGAAGCACAUGUAACACGUAUUUAGGUACAAACGUUUUUAGAUAGAGCUUAUUAUUAUAUUUAGAGCAAACAACUGAACAAAACACUCUGUACCAACAGCAAGUCCCGGAUACUGUACAUAUGCGAGUAAAUAAAAAUAAAGAAGAAAAUCC